GGCCGGGGGCCGUGCGAGCCCAGGGCCCGGGCGCCGGCGGGUAACGGGGCGCGGGGGCGUGUCGGCGCUGCAGCCGGGGCCCAACGCUCUCCCCGGAGCCGCUCGCCGACGGUCCCCCGCGAAGCCAGGCGCCUGGGCACAAAGGCGGAGACUGUGUGCUGCUCGGCUCGGAAGGAGCCGGUCCUGGGCGGGCAGCGAUCCCAGCCCUAGGGGAGCUGAGGCAGGAGGAUUGCCGCGAGUUCGAGGCCAGCCUGGGCCACGGAGCAUCUGAAGGCCUUUGAUAAUGAAGUUAAUGCUUUCCUGGACAACAUGUUUGGACCACGAGAUUCUCGAGUUCGAGGGUGGUUCCUGUUGGACUCUUACCUUCCAACCUUCAUUCUUACCGUCAUAUAUCUGCUCUCAAUAUGGCUGGGUAACAAAUACAUGAAGAACAGGCCUGCUCUUUCUCUCAGGGGAAUCCUCACCUUCUAUAACCUUGGGAUCACCCUUCUUUCUGCAUAUAUGCUGGUGGAGCUCAUCCUGUCCAGCUGGGAAGGAGGCUACAACUUGCAAUGUCAGAACCUUGACAGUGCAGGAGAAGGUGACAUCCGGGUAGCCAAGGUCUUGUGGUGGUACUACUUCUCCAAACUAGUGGAGUUCCUUGACACGAUUUUCUUUGUUCUUCGAAAAAAGACAAGUCAAAUCACCUUUCUUCAUGUCUAUCACCACGCCUCGAUGUUUAACAUCUGGUGGUGUGUUCUGAACUGGAUACCUUGUGGUCAGAGCUUCUUUGGACCAACCCUGAACAGUUUUAUUCACAUUCUCAUGUACUCCUACUAUGGACUCUCUGUGUUCCCGUCCAUGCACAAGUACCUUUGGUGGAAGAAAUACCUCACACAGGCUCAGCUGGUGCAGUUCGUGCUCACCAUCACACACACUCUCAGUGCCGUGGUCAAGCCCUGCGGCUUCCCCUUUGGCUGUCUCAUCUUCCAGUCUUCCUAUAUGAUGACAUUGGUUAUCCUGUUCUUAAACUUCUAUGUUCAGACAUACAGAAGAAAGCCAGCAGAGAAAAGGAUGCAAGAGCAGUCUGCAGGGAAAGAGGUGAAGAAUGGCUUGCCCAAAGCCCACUUCCUCGCAGCCAACGGUGUGACAAACAAGAAGGUGCAAUAAAGAAAGUGAUGGGAAGCGAAUGAAAAGUGCAGCCGCCAGCAGAUGAGCUUCUUUUAAAGCAAAGACUGAAUUGAAAGUUGUGUUUUAGCAUAAACUAAUUCCUUUUGAGUUUGUAAAUCAUUUGUACCCAGAAUGUAUUAUAAUGUAUUGCUAUUAGGUUACUCUAUUAACUGAAGCGAUGCUGACCUCUACAAACCUCAGAACAGGUGCAGCAGCCCGUCCCUCCUGGGCUCUUCGUAAUGCCUUAUUCGCACAGAAAACCAGGAGACACGGGCUUUGUUUUUAUGGCAAGUCUUCAGAGUUAAUUUUAUUACAUUAAAUGUGUAAAAUAAAAUGUUGAUUGUAUUGUA